GCUGAAGCUGAUUGGUCCACGCAUUGGCCCGUCCUCACGUGCAGGCUUGUUUCUCGCUGCGCUUGCUCCCCGUGUGUGCGCAAUCAUGGCGGACCUGGAGAGCCUGGGCUUCGAACACAUGGGCCUGGAUCCUCGGCUCUUGCAGGCGGUAGCGGACCUGGGCUGGUCGCGGCCCACGCUGAUCCAGGAGAAAGCCAUCCCGCUGGCGCUGGAGGGGAAGGACCUGCUGGCUCGGGCGCGCACGGGCUCCGGGAAGACGGCCGCGUACGCUCUCCCGAUGCUGCAGUUGCUGCUCCACCGGAAGGCGACAGGGCCUGUGGUGGAACAGGCCGUGAGAGGCCUUGUCCUUGUUCCUACCAAGGAGCUGGCACGGCAGGCCCAGUCCAUGAUUCAGCAGCUGGCUGCUUAUUGUGCUCGAGAUGUGCGGGUGGCCAAUGUUUCAGCUGCUGAAGACUCAGCCUCACAGAGAGCUGUGCUGAUGGAGAAGCCAGAUGUGGUCGUGGGGACCCCGUCCCGCAUAUUAAGCCACUUGCAGCAGGACAGCCUGAAAGUGCGUGACUCCCUGGAGCUGCUGGUGAUGGAUGAAGCUGAUCUUCUGUUUUCCUUUGGCUUUGAGGAAGAUCUCAAGAGUCUUCUCUGUCACUUGCCGCGAAUUUACCAGGCUUUUCUUAUGUCAGCUACUUUUAACGAAGAUGUGCAGGCACUGAAGGAACUGGUACUGCAUAACCCGGUUACCCUAAAAUUACAAGAGUCCCAGCUGCCAGGGCCAGACCAGUUACAGCAGUUCCAGGUGGUCUGUGAGACUGAGGAAGACAAGUUCCUGCUGCUCUAUGCCCUGCUCAAGCUGUCGUUGAUUCGCGGCAAGGCCCUGGUCUUUGUCAACACUCUGGAGCGGAGUUACCGGCUCCGCCUCUUCCUGGAGCAGUUCAGCAUCCCCGCCUGUGUGCUCAAUGGUGAGCUCCCUCUGCGUUCCAGGUGCCACAUCAUCUCUCAGUUCAACCAAGGCUUCUACGACUGUGUCAUAGCGACAGAUGCUGAAGUCCUCGGGGCGCCAGCCAAGGGCAAGCAGCGGGGCCGAAAGCCCAAAGGAGACAAGGCCUCUGACCCGGAGGCAGGUGUGGCCCGGGGCAUAGACUUCCACCAUGUGUCCACUGUGCUCAACUUCGACCUUCCCCCAUCUCUCGAGGCCUACAUCCACCGGGCUGGAAGGACAGCACGAGCCAACAAUCCAGGCAUAGUGUUGACCUUUGUGCUACCCGAAGAGCAGUCGCAGCUGGGCAGGAUCGAGGAGCUUCUCAGUGAUGAGGGGGAGGCCCCUGUCCUGAUUCACUACCAGUUUCACAUGGAGGAGAUUGAAGGCUUCCGCUAUCGCUGCAGGGACGCCAUGCGCUCAGUGACGAAGCAGGCCAUCCGGGAGGCAAGGCUGAAGGAGAUCAAGGAAGAGCUGCUGCACUCUGAGAAGCUCAAGACAUACUUCGAGGACAACCCCCGUGACCUGCAGCUGCUGCGGCACGACCUGCCCCUGCACCCCGCGGUGGUGAAGCCACACCUGGGCCACGUCCCUGACUACCUGGUCCCCCCGGCUCUCCGUGGCCUUGUGCGCACUCCCAGGAAGCGGAAGAAGCUGUCCUCUGGCAAGAAGGCUAAGGCACCCGGCAGAAAGACUAAGAAGGCAAAGUCCCAGAAUCCGCUGCGAAGCUUCAAGCACAGAGGGAAGAAGCCCAGACUGGCAGCAUCACCUUCCUGAGGCCACCAGGCUUGUGUGUGUGAGGAGCGAGUGCCCAGCCAAGACUCAGCCCUGUACACCACACACUCAGCGCUCAGUGCUGACACUGGACUCCAGGGACUGGGCUGUCCCCGCCAGGCUGCCAUCUUGUCCCCUGAGGUUGCAGCUGGGCACAGUGGCACAUGCCGGUGAUCCCAGCCACUCUGGAGGUUGGUAGCGGAGAUUGGUGAACCUGAAGCCAGCCCGAGCAACUUAGGGAGACCCUGUCUCAAAAUUAAAAUGAGAAAGGACUGGGGAUGUGGCUGAGUGUGGAGGCCCUGUGUUCCAUACCAAGUACCAGACAAACAAAAAACCCCACAGAAUAAACCUCUACUGUCCCAGACUGGUCCCUCAGUGCUCU